CUCUGAAGCAUUUAUUUGGGCUGCAACUUCUGAGGCUGGUAACUAAUGAACUUAUCCUCUGCAGUAGAGGUAACUCUGGGUCUUCCUUUCCUGUGGCGGUCCUCAUGAGAGCCAGUUUCAUCAUAGCGCUUGAUGGUUGUUGCGACUGCACUUGAAACUUUAAAAGUUCUUGAAAUGUUCCGUAUUGACUGACCUUCAUGUCUUAAAGUAAUGAUGGACUGUCGUUUCUCUUUGCUUAUUUGAGCUGUUCUUGCCAUAAUAUUGACUUGGUCUUUUACCAAAUAGGGCUAUGUUCUGUAUACCACCCCUACCUUGUCACAACACAGCUGAUUGACUCAAACGCAUUAAGUUAAAUUAACUUUUAAGAAGGCACACGUGUUAAUUGAAAUGCAUUCCAGGUGACUACCUCAUGAAGCUGGUUGAGAGAAUGCCAAGAGUGUGCAAAGCUGUCUUCAAAGCAAAGGGUGGCUAUUUGAAGAAUCUCAAAUAUAAAAUAUAUUUGGAUUUGUUUAACACUUUUUUGGUUACUACAUGAUUCCAUAUGUGUUAUUUCAUAGUUUUGAUGUCAUCACUAUUAUUCUACAAUGUAGAAAAUAGUAAAAAAUAAAGAAAAACCCUUGAAUGAGUAGGUGUUCUAAAACUUUUGACUGGUAGUGUAGAGUAUAGUUCAGUACAGUACAUUUCUGCAGCAUUGAAGGUCACCAAGAACUCAGAGGCCUCCAUUAUUCUUAAAUGGAAGAAGUUUGAAACCACCAACACUCUUCCUAGAGCUGGCCAACCGGCCAAAUUGAACAAAUCGGGGGAGAAGGGCCUUGGUCAGGGAGGUGACAAAGAACCCGAUGGUCACUCUGACAGAGCUCUAGAGUUCCUGUGUGGAGAUGGGAGAACCUUCCAGAAGGACAACCAUCUUUGCAGCACUCCACCAAUCAGGCCUUUAUGGUAGAGUGGCCAGACAGAAGCCACUCCUCAGUAAAAGGCACGUGACAGCCCACUUGGAGUUUGCCAAAAGGCACCUAAAGACUCUCAGACCAUGAGACACAAGAUUCUCUGGUCUGAUGAAACCAAGAUUGAACUCUUUGGCCUGAAUGCCAAGCGUCACGUCUGGAGGAAACCUGGCACCAUCCCUACUUUGAAGCAUAGUGGUGGCAUCAUCAUGUUGUGGGGAUGUUUUUCAGCGGCAGGGACUGGGAGACUAGUCAGGAUCGAGGAAAAGAUGAAUGGAGCAAUGUACAGAGAGAUCCUUGAUGAAAACCGUCUCCAGAGUGCUCAGGACCUCAGACUGGGGCAAGGUUCACCUUCCAACAGGACAAUGACCGUGAGCACACAGCCAAGACAACGCAGGAGUGGCUUCGGGACAAGUCUCUGCAUGUCUUUGAGUGGCCCAGCCAGAGCCCGGACUUGAACCCGAUCUAACAUCUCUGGAGAGACCUGAAAAUAGCUGUGCAGCAACGCUCCCCAUCCAACCUGACAGAGCUUGAGAGGAUCUGCAGAGAAGAAUGGGAGAAACUCCGCAAAUACAGGUGUGCCAAUCUUGUAUCGUCAUACCCAAGAAGACUCGAGGCUGUAAUUCUUGCCAAAGGUGCUUCAACAAAAUACUGAAUAAAGGGUCUGAAUACUUAAGUAAAUGUGAUAUUUCCGUUUUUAUUUUUCAUAAAUUAGCAAAAAUAACUGAUAUAUCCUAACAAGACUAACUCAAAAGGACACAGUGACUCCACCGGCUCUGCGUCGCACCCAACGGCGAGCAUCAUAAACACCACAAAGCUUCAACUGCAAUUACUCUACCUACACACUUAACGCUACCCCAGAAAUCACUCCUUUCAAUGGUGCCCUGUUCCUAAGAGCAAAGCAAGAAACAGAUCUUGACCCUAGUUGCGUGACACAGAGCGCCCGCUCUCUCUAGUCAGAAGAAACACAAACAAAUAUUCACUACAGGUUACCUUCACUGAUUCAACUGCACCCAACUCCUUUCCCACCCACCCUGAAACCACAAAUGGAUCUGCCAAAAGGCAAGGAUCCACUAUCUCCAAAAAUGUCACUCCUACUGGACCAGAUUAUUCUUUAUCAUGUCCAUUGAUGCCAGGCUCGGGUUUCAAGCUCUUCACCACAUCUUCCACUUCACUUAACUUGCCCUCAUUCAGUUCCAUUUCACCCAAAGAACUCGGUCUGGCGCAUGGCUCACUCUGUCUGCACUUGACGCCACUCCAUCUCCAUUUUUAUCACCAUCUUCCUCAAAUUCAAAUCCAACCUCUGCUUUCCUCAUUCUCUUCAACCUCUUCUUCGUAUUUCCCCACCCCUCCAUUCCUCCUAAGAAAUCCACGUUUCUGUGUCCCUGUCCCAAUAUUCCUCUUCUUCCGACUUUGCUUGCGGCCUGGUGGCAUCCCGACGUCUCAUAAUCGUCCUGCUCACCUCGUAAGUGUGUCUUCUCCGGGCGCCAACAUUUUGAGAGCAUGAGCAGUGGCCACACACAGAAAAAUGACACCCAAACUCAACUCCGUCACGGCGGAAAACCUUCAGCUCUCUCUUGAUACACAGCUCCUGCGCUUUUCGUGGAUGGGCCCCAUGCGAAUUCAUAUUGCUGUCAAUAACCACGUUUCCAUCCAACCAUUUAAUGCGGAUGAAUUACCUGACGCAUGAAAAAAGUCACGACCGUGCUGAUGAAAACAUGAAAUGCCGGUACAAUUUUAUGCCAACAGACAAUUUGUUCGUUCGACAUGGUAUCUUUUUGUUUCUGUAAAAUUAAUUAUGUGAAAAAUGGUGGUGGAAACGCAAAUAUUGAUAUAAUAAACUAGCUAGUAAUCUUGUUUCCAUUCAGUUUAUAUGCGAGUAAAGUCAUACCAUAUAGAAAAAAAAUCACGACAGCUGUGAUGGAAACAGGAAGUUCGUACCAUUUAUUUAAAUGCCGACAGAUUGUACGUUUGAAAUGGUGGGUUCUUUUUAUGUCUAAAAUAUAUUAUGCGAGAAAUGACGUUGGAAAUGCCUUUAUGCGCAAAUAUUGAUAUGAUGGUUAUAUUGAAGUAAACUUGGGAGUCACGAAUGACAUGUUGUGUGGUCCUCCCACUACGACUUGUCGGGAAAGCAUGCAGUUUGAGGCUACAGAUUAAAUAAAUGAUGAUGAACUUCACAUGGUGGUGAAAGUGCAAGGUGAUGAGCUUGAUGCACCUUUCCAAUAAAUAUUAAGGGUCUUAUUCUGGUGACAUGAUAAUCGAUGCCAUUUGACAAAUAAAAAUAAUCACGCUCUUUUGUCCAUGAUGAUGAUAAUAAUCUCAUAAUGUAGGCUAUAUGUGCGCUCUAGCCAACAGCGUGCAGAUAGCACUGUUUGCUAAAGCGCAAGUGCCAAUACCAGACUAUAUAACGCUACAUUUCUGUGAGAAAACCAUCAGUAGAGUUAAAUGCGAUGGAAACCCAUUUAACUUGUAUUUUUUAUUCGGUAACAGCAAUAAGUAUUUUUAUGUGCACUACGUCAUCAUGCACAUCCUUUUAUCUGCAAGAAGUCAAUUUGAUGGAAACAACACUGGUGGGAAAAUGUUUUCAUGUGGAUUGUAGAAUAUUCGCAUAAACCUGUCGCCAAUUGGAUGGAAACCUAGCUAGUGUCUGUGUGAGUAAAGGGAUGAUAUUGUGUGACUAAUGUCGUAGCUAUAUGCCUUCUUUUAGGGAAACAGAGGGAGUACCAAGCACUGCCAUCCGAGAGAUAUCGCUCCUCAAAGAGCUCAGCCACCCAAAUAUUGUCAAGUAUGUACAAUUAAGCUACUUAUGUUAAACACCAACUGUCUCUGUUAAAUUGUGCUUACAUUGACAUCUCUAUGUACUUUCACCCUGACAGGCUCUGUGAUGUCAUCCACACGGAGAACAAACUGUACCUGGUUUUUGAGUUCCUUCAUCAGGACCUUAAGAAGUUCAUGGACUCCUCCUCGGUCUCUGGUAUCCCUCUGCCACUUGUCAAGGUACGCACAUCCAACUUGUUCAGUUGAAGAAAAAUAAAAAAGGCUUAUAAAAGGAGUGAUAUGCCCCCAUUGUGAUUUAGGAAACGCACAAAACAAUGUCUCCAUCCCAUUUGGGUCUUUGUCAGGUUGGCAUAUCAUCUAACAACUGCUUUGCAAUGUUAUCAAGGUGAAAGAGCCAAGUGAAAAGUAUACAGUUGAAGUCGGAAAUUUACAUACACCUUAGCCAAAUACAUUUAAACUCAGUUUUUCACAAUUCCUGACAUUUAAUCCUAGUAAACAUUCCCUGUCUUAGGUCAGUUAGGAUCACCACUCUAUUUUAAGAAUGUGAAAUGUCAGAAUAAUAGUAGAGAGAAUGAUUUAUUUCAGCUUUGAUUUCUUUCAUCACAUUCCCAGUGGGUCAGAAGUAUACAUACACUCAAUUAGUAUUUGGUAGCAUUGCCUUUCAAUUGUUUAACUUGGGUCAAACGUUUCGGGUAGCCUUCCAAAAGCUUCCCACAAUAAAUUGGGUGAAUUAUGGCCAAUUCCUCCUGACAGAGCUGGUGUAACUGAGUCAUGUUUGUAGGCCUCCUUGCUCGCACACGCUUUUUCAGUUCUGCCCACAACUUUUCUAUAGGAUUGAGGUCAGGGCUUUGUGAUGGCCACUCCAAUACCUUGACUUUGUCCUUAAGCCAUUUUGCCACAACUUUGGAAGUAUGGGUCAUUGUCCAUUUGGAAGACCCAUUUGCAACCAAGCUUUAACUUCCUGACUGAUGUCUUGAGAUGUUGCUUCAAUAUAUCCACAUACUUUUCCUUCCUCAUGAUGCCAUCUAUUUUGUGAAGUGCACCAGUCCCCCCUGCAGCAAAGCACCCCCACAGCAUGAUGCUGCCACCCCUGUGCUUCACAGUUGGGAUGGUGUUCUUCGGCUUGCAAGGGACCCCCUUUUUCCUCCAAACAUAACGAUGGUCAUUAUGGCCAAACAGUUCUAUUUUUGUUUCAUCAGACCAGAGGACAUUUCUCCAAAAAGUAUUGGAGAUGUGCAGUUGCAAACUGUACUCUGGCUUUUUUAUGGCGGUUUUGGAGCAGUGGCUUCUUCCUUGCUGAGCGGCUUUUCAGGUUAUGUCGAUAUAGGACUCAUUUUACUGUGGAUAUAGAUACUUUUGUACCUCUUUCCUCCAGCAUCUUCACAAGGUCCUUUGCUGUUGUUCUGGGAUUGAUUUGCACUUUUCGCACCAAGGUACGUUCAUCUCUAGGAGACAGAACGCAUCUCCUUCCUGAGCGGUAUGACGGCUGUGUGGUCCCAUGGUGUUUAUACUUGCGUACUGUUGUACAGAUGAACGUGGUACCUUCAGGCGUUUGGAAAUUGCUCCCAAGGAUGAAUCAGACUUGUGGAGGUCUACAAAUUUUUUUCUGAGGUCUUGGCUGAUUUCUUUUGAUUUUCCCAUGAUGUCAAGCAAAGAGGCACUGAGUUUGAAGGUAGGCAUUGAAAUACAUCCACAGGUACACCUCCAAUUGACUCAAAAGAUGUCAAUUAGCCUAUCAGAAGCUUCUAAAGCCAUGACAUCAUUUUCUGGAAUUUUCCAAGCUGUUUAAAGGCACAGUCAACUUAGUGUAUGUAACUUCUGACCCACUGGAAUUGUGAUACAGUGAAAUAAUCUGUCUGUAAACAAUUGUUGGAAAAAUUACUUGUGUCAUGCACAAAGUAGAUGUCCUAACCGACUUGCCAAAACUAUAGUUUGUUAACAAGAAAUUUGUGGAGUGGUUGAAAAACGAGUUUUAAUGACUCCAACCUGUGUAUGUAAACUUCCGACUUCAUCUGUAUGAAUGGGAAUUGUUUGAAUAUUUCCAAACUAAAACAUUGUUUCUGUAUGUGUAAUGUUGUUGUGGUUUUGUUUAUUACCAGGUCGUAGCAUUACUUUUUUUGUAGAUUUUGUAUGCCAGUGCUUCAUAUAUUUUGUCACAUUAAAUAACAAUAUGGAAACCUACGAGGUUGUCUGACUGUGUGCCUCUCUCUUAAGCUAAUUAGGUGUGUAUGUUUUGUGUGUGUGCAGAGUUACCUGUUCCAGCUGCUGCAGGGCCUGGCCUUCUGUCACUCCCACAGGGUUCUCCAUCGGGACCUGAAGCCCCAGAACCUGCUCAUUAACGCCCAGGGGGAGAUCAAGCUGGCUGACUUCGGCCUGGCUAGGGCCUUUGGGGUGCCUGUCCGCACCUACACUCAUGAGGUGAAGCAUACACCCACCAUACAGAAUACAUAUACCACACUGUAUUUUGCUGUGUUUUUUAGUUGGCCAAUGGCUAGCAACAUGAGUCUUUAGUGUUUCACUUGUGUUAUGCUGCUGUAAGUAUCUCAAAUUAUUUCUGAACCCAUGAUGGGGAAGCUAACGUUUUAGCAUGUCUCAGGUGGUAACUCUAUGGUACCGAGCUCCAGAAAUUCUCUUGGGUUGCAAAUACUACUCCACACCGGUUGACAUCUGGAGUUUGGGCUGCAUCUUUGCUGAAAUGGUAAAUGUAUUCUCUGGCUAUACUAUUUUGUAGCUUUAACAUUUAUAAAGCAAGGUCUCACUUUAUGUCCAAACCUUCCAAUUGUUCCUUCAGAUCACCAGGAGGGCCUUGUUUCCAGGCGACUCAGAGAUCGAUCAGCUGUUCCGGAUCUUCCGUACCCUGGGCACACCGGACGAGGCGGCCUGGCCAGGGGUCACUUCCAUGCCAGACUACAAGCCAUCCUUCCCCAAGUGGGCCCGGCAGGAGCUGUCCAAAGUGGUGCCCCCUCUGGAUGAUAACGGAAGAGAGCUGCUCAGGGUGAGAACUCUAACAACAUUGACCACUUUAAUUAUGUUUUGGUAUUAGGCUGGUACCAAUAAGGUUAAUAAUGGGCAGAAUCUACUGCACAUCCAAAGCUGAUUUGUAAAGAUACUGGAGGCAAAAGGCAAAACAGGAAAAAGUAUCCGCGCACUUCCAGUCAGAUGUACAUUUAUUCUAAUUAUAGCUGAGCUUUCGGUCAGUCGACCUUCAUCAGAGCAUAUCUCCACAAACAACAGUGGGACAGAUAAGGCCACACAGCGAGCCAGAGGUAAUUGCAGAUACCUGUGGUAAUCGAAAGUACCCAAAAGGGCCACUAGAUGUCAUCACAUAGAAAGUCAUGAUAGAACAGAAUAUGUUAUAGAUGUAUUUCUACUAGAACAAAACACAUGUACACAGGGAAUGUGGUGUUAGUAUAAGGAACCCAUACUCUCAAAGAGAGCAAUAAAGCUGAAAAACUGUGAAAGAAAAGGAAAACAUACAACACUAUAUACAUAUGUAGAACCAGGGGAAAUCUAGAAAACAACUAGAUAAAGGUUAAGGUAACCUGUCGGGGAAGUAUCGGGCCACUAGGGCCGUCAUGAAUACAGGACACCCUAAUACCAGGGAGGGGGUGUGUGUGUGUGUGUGGCUCAGAGGAUGACAAUAGGAAUUACAACAUGACCCUCAUAUCAAAAUCCUCAUUAAGUCCUUACGGCUGUAAGGUGCCUAAAGUAUGAAACCAGAAGAGUUCUCUCUGGCAGAGUUUACGGUAGUUUUCUCCUCUUUAUUAAUAGGGUUAAUAAAAUAGAAUUAAUUGAAAUUAGUGCUCAGAGCUACACUUUGCUUUCACAUAGGCCUAUGACACAUGUAAUCGAUAUGUCCCUUUUAUGACGUAUUUGUUCUUUCUUAUUUUUCCAGCAAAUGCUGAGCUAUGACCCAAACAAGAGGAUAUCUGCCAAAAAUGCCCUCGUCCAUCGGUUUUUCCGUGAUGUCACCAUGCCAAUGCCACACCUACGACUGUGA